UCGGCCGCGCUCCCUGCGGCAGCUGGUGGAGGGCGCGGGCCAUGGGGGGGAAGAGCCUCCGCCUCGGCUUCCUGACCCUCCCCGUCCUGCUCCUGGCCGCCGCCUCGGAGGGUGCGGAGCCGCCGCCGAGCUGCGAGGCGGUCCGGAAAGUUUUCCAGCUGCGGCGGCUCGGCCCGCUCGGCGGCGUCCCGGAGUUCCCGCGGGCAGGUGUUGAUCUCCAGGUUUGUACUUCCAGAAAUCCAACAUGCUGUACCAAAAAGAUGGAAGAAAGGUAUCAGACUGCAGCAAAGCAAGAUAUACAGCAAGUGCUUCAAACAUCAAGUGCUACAUUAAAAUUUUUAAUAUCUCAUAAUGCAGCUGCUUUUCAAGAAAUGUUUGAAAUGCUUAUCAGACUGGCUGAGAAUUACACGAGCACCCUUUUCUGCAAUGCAUAUAGAAACAUGGCUGCUGAGGCUACUGUGCCUGUGCAGGAGUUUUUCACAGAUGUUGGACUCUUCUUAUUUGGCACAGACGUUAGCACAGAGGAAUUUGUGAAUAGAUUUUUUGACACUCUGUUUCCAGUAGUCUACAACCAUGUGUUGAACCCUGGUCCGACUGACAUUUCACUGGAAUAUGGGGAGUGCCUCCGAGUGGCAAGAAGAGACAUCAGGCCCUUCGGCAACAUUCCCGAAAAGGCCAUAGGACAAAUGGGAAGAGCACUCUUACCCAGCCGGACUUUCUUGCAGGCUCUGAAUUUGGGGAUUGAAGUGAUCAAUACAACAGAUCACCUGCACUUCUCCAAAGACUGCAGCAGAGCUUUGCUGAGAAUGCAGUACUGCCCACACUGCCAGGGUCUGACACUGAGCAAGCCCUGCAUGGGCUACUGCCUCAACAUCAUCCGAGGCUGCCUGGCUGACGUAGCAGAAGUUGAUCUCCAUUGGCGGGGGUAUAUCCAGUCCCUGGAGGAGCUCUCAAGAGCCAUGAGCGGAGCAUACAACAUUGAGCACGUGCUGCUAAACUUCCAUUCACUUGUUAAUGACGCUCUGGUACAGGCUCAGAUCAACGGGCCAGAAUUAUCUGAGCAGGUGCAUAAAAUGUGUGGUCCUCCUGUAAGGAAGCCUAAAGAGUUUCCAGGUUGCUCCUUUGAUCAGAACAAAGAUAAUCAAGUGUUGAAGAUGUUCUCCAGAGACAGUGAAGAAACACUCACCAACAGAAGAAAUGCACAAGGAAACAGAAGUGAGAGAAUUGCAGGGAAUAACUGCUCACUCCUGAUGUCUGGAGAAGAAAAAAUGUCUCUGAGCUUCAAAGGCAGACCAUUCUUCUCAGUGGAAUUUAUCAGCCACCUCCGGCUCUACAGAGCCUUCUACGGCGGCCUGGCGGAUCAGCUGUGCGGGAAUGAGUUGGCAGCUGCCGAUGGACUCCCGUGUUGGAACGGAGAAGAUGUCAUAAGAAGCUAUACGCACCGUGUGGUUGGCAGUGGAAUCAAAGCUCAGUCUGCAAAUCCAGAAGUAAAAGUGAAGGGAACAGAUCCUGUAAUAAGUCAAAUUAUUGACAAGCUGAAGCAUGUUAUUCAGCUGUUACAGGGCAAAUCAUUUCCAGAAUAUGACAAAUGGGAUCUCCAACAAACAGGCAGUGGUGGAGGUGUAGAUGAACAAAUCAGUGGUGAUUGUGACGAUGAAGAUGGUUGUGGAGGAUCUGGAAGUGGAGAAUUCAAAAGAGUCCUGAAAAUUACAGACUCAGGGAUGCCAGACAAGACGAACCUCAGUGACGUAAAGCAAAUCCAUCAAACCAACGAUGGCAGCACUUUAGACACAACUGGAGCAGGAUGUACAGCAAUGGCCGAUUAUAUGACAUUUAUGCUGAUUAGUUUGGUAAUACCAUUUCUCAGUCUUUGGUAACUGCUUGUUUCUGUCUUGAUAUAUGUAUCCCAUUGUCAUCUAUUUAUCUCUGCUCACAAGCCUGGAAUAAGGGAUCUGGUGAAUAUAGCAAUAUUUAUGGUCUCUUUUACAAGAUCAGCCACUGAUCUUAGCCCUGAAUAUUAACAAAGGUUUUUAUGUAAUAUUUUACCUGUGUCUUUUUAAACACCUAUAUAAUCACAAAAAGUCAUGUUUGCUUUUUUAAUAUUUUAUGUUAAAAAUAAGUUGUCUAUGAUAAUCUUUCUCUUAGAAGCAAUUUGUAAAAAAAAGAGAGUAUUACCAAGUUUGAAGGGGUCUUUGGAGAUCAUCUAGACCAAAUCUGCUCAUAGCAUACUCACUUUGUGCAAGUUGCCUAAGGCCAAGGUUAGGUGGUAUUGGAAUGUCUCCAAGGAUGGAGACUCUAUUGAAUCCCUGGCCUAACUGUUUCAGUGCUUCAGCACUCCAAGCAGAUGUUUUUUAGCUAUUGUAUUUUGGUUUAUGCCUCUUGUCCAUUGUGCCCUCUGAGUCCUGUCACUGGGCACUAUGAACAAGAGUUUGGCUCCAUCUUCUUUGCUCCCUUAUCAGGUAUCUAUACAUUUUCAAAAGAUCAUGCUCUGCAUCUUCUCCAGGCCAAACAGACCCAGCUGUCUCAGCCACUUCUGGUGUCAGAUUUGUUCCCAUACCUUGAAAAUCUUCAUGGCCCUUUGCAGGAAUCCACCCACUGUGUCCAUGUCUCUCUUGUCAUUGUCCUUGAGAGCCCAGACCUGAACACAGCACUGUAGAUGUGUCUCACUAGUGCAGAACAGAGGGGAAGCAUCGUCUCCUUUGACCUGCUGGUAUUUUACCUGAUUCAGCCCAGAAGGUAUUUGGUUGUCUUUGCUGCAAAGGGCACAAUGUGGACUCUUUUUCAGCUUGGUGUCCCUUAGGACCACAAGGUCCUUCUCUGCAAAGCUGCUUUUCACCCAGCAGGCACCAACCUGUACUGGUGUAUGGGGUUAUUCCUCUCCAGGGGGACGAUUUGGCAUUUCCCUUUCUUCAUCUCUCUGAGAUUCCUAUCAAGCCAAUUCUUCAGUCUUCCAAGGUCCCUCUGAAUUCAGAACUAUUUUUUAUAGUUCAGAAAAACUAUGUAUUAGAUACUUUAUAGGUAUAUGAUAGCUGCAUUUUAUCUAGGGGUAACAGCACGGUUAGGACACAAUGUUGGAUUAAGGUAUCUUAAUCUAUAUGUCAACAUACAGAUAUUUACUUAUGUGCUGUAUAUCUCUAAGCUGUAACUGUAGUCAUUGGAUUCAAUUGCUAAAAUACCAACGAGUACCAGUUGUGAUGCUCAAAAAUAACCCACCAGUGUCCACUACUGCUCUGAAUGGCCUCAGGUCUUUCUCUGGACAAGUGGCCACAGCCCUUUGUCAACAGAGUUGGUGAAGCCCAGUGCAUUUCUCAGCUCAUAUGAAGACAGACGCCUAAAGAAGCAACUCAGUUGCCCACACAUAGGUGACUGGUGCCACCUAAGAUUUCUUGGAGUAUCCAAGACAUCCUAAUGGGACUGCAGGGUGUAUGGGAUGUUCCAGAGGCUUCCUUAAAUGGGAGCCAUGGGGAGGGGCAGCUGGCAGCUAAGUGGAACAUCCUUCUUUAUCUCAAACAGAUCUAGACAUUCACAUGUGGGCCCAUGAAUCUUACACCAAACCUUCACCAAUAUUAUUGGUAGCUUAGAUACCUGCUUGCAGUGGUGACACACGAAUGUAAACCUGAAUCACAAGCAUCCCAGCUCAAGUUCUUAUGCUUCAUGAAACGAGGCAAGCAAAAGUGUUCUGCAGUACUAAUGGUACAUUACAUAUUACUCUUACAAAAUUUGAUUGUUCUGCCGUGACUAAAUCCAUGUCAUUUGAACCAGAAAGUAUUUAAGAAUACUUUGUAGUUAUUUUUCCUUUACAGUCUUUUACAAGAUAAAAAAAAUGACCCUGUAGUAUUGUAUGUAUUCAUACAGUAACUAGAACUCCUCCUAGACAAAAAAAGUUACUCUUAUAUGAGACUAAUAUAAAGAAACAUACAUAAAUAUUUUUAUUCCUAAACUUAUAUGUUAGUUGUUAACACACACAAUAUAGCACAUACAGUAUAACGCACACAGUAUAACAAAUAGGUAAAGAUAUAUAAAGGUCAGCAAAGCAAUUCCAUGCCCAGAUAAACAUCAUUAAUAGGCAUGUGUGCCAGUGUGUACAUUUUGCUUGACCUCUUUUUUUUCUUUGCAGAUUUUGUAAAUCAGUCUUUCAAAUUCCCUUGUCUUGUUUACUUGAAAUUAUGACGUUGGUAAUUCAGGGAAAGAAAAUGUGAUUUCAUUCUUUUCCUUUGUUACAUCAACUCACACAAGCAAUCAAUCCAGUCUGGCAACUUUUUUUUGAACAAUGGCCAGUAUUAGUCACUUCAAUGAAAAUGGAAUAAAUCUUUGAAAAGGAAACACAGAAAUGCAGAAAAAAUUCCACAGUUACUCGUUACUUAGAAUUUUAUUUAUAUCCUGAAGGACUUGGUUUCCAUUCCUAACUUUUGUGUGUUAUUCAAGACCUUACAAAGGCAGGUAGUCAAGGAAUAGUAGUUUAUUCUAUAGAACUGUGGAAACACAAACCUCAUUUUCAAAUACUGAUAGUAAUUAGUACUAAGACCUCCUCAGGCAUAUGUGAAUUACUAGUCUGUAAUACUCCUCUCUUUUGUUUUUCUUGGCCUGUUCCCAUUAUCUUUGAUGCUGUACCUACACAGAAUCAUUUCUAAGACUCCUUCUGGAGUAGAAAAUUAAGUCUCUCCUUCCCAGACACAUUUGAACAAACUAAUAGUAAAUAUGAAUAAUAGUGGCAAGUCUGGAGAUUUCUCACUUACUACUCUGCCAUGAGACCUCAUUCACCCUCCUGUUCCAUCUAUAUCUAGGCAUCACCACACACUCCACGUCAUUGAUCAGACUUAUACAUCUCCAGGCUGCAUCAAGAUUUUUUCAUUAAAUCUGCCAUGCUAUGGAGAAAUAUUCUAGUUUCUUAAAGAACUAUUAUAUAAUCAUUAAAACAUGUCAGAGCAAGGAGAAGGGAGCCAAGGCUCUUUGGUGAUCUGUCCCAAGGUCACCUUGCAAGGGAGGUACCAUUGCAUGAAACUGUGGAAACCUGCAGAAUGUUGUAUAGUUCCACGUUUGGAAGUUAGGACAAAACAAAACAAAAAAACCAAACGAAAAACCAAUGUUUCUGUGCUAAAGCAAACAAUGAAAAGAGGAAUAGCACUGAGAAGAAACAUGAAGAAUGUUUUAGAGAAGCCAAGAUGAGAAAUAGGAAAAAAAAGGUUAAGCUGGACAUUGUGGCAGUAAACUAUAAAACCACCUGGAUCCACAUAAAAUGAUGGACCGUAUGCAGUAUGUAUGUGAGUCAAUCCGGGUCAAUUGCCUGGGCAUGUAGAAGCUUUUCCCAACAGCAGGUCACACAGGCUCCACAGGACUGAGCUGAGCUCCCCAGAUGACCUCAGAAAUGACAUGUAGGUGUUGUUUCCUCUGUUUCCUGUCAUUUGUUUAUACUUGGCCAUUUUUAACAGUCUAAAUCGUCUCCAUAUUUCCCAGAACAUUUGGUAAAUAAGAUUUUGGCUUUAUUUUGCCUUCUUUUAAAUAGUCUUUUAAUGUAUUAUUACUGUUAUGGUGUAAAGUAGAAAUGCUUUACUCAAAGUGCACUAUUUCUCAGACAGACACACUCAAAAGCUGAUCAUACUAAAAUGAUAAUGGAUACCAAUAUUACAGUUGUGUAACUGGCUUCAGUACAUUUUUUUUUCAAAUAGCAACCAUGAGGUGAGAGAGCUUGGUAAGGAAUAAUUUUUUAGAGGACAGUCUGGUUACUUACAAUAAAAUUCCAGGAAAAGAAUAAUUCCAAAAAAUACUACAGUUCAGAAAUCCAAAAUAUUUUUAUUUUGGUAAAAUGAAGAUAUUCUUCUUCUACCCUGAGAUCAAGAGAGACCCUAUAUGUAGCACACACCCAUUUCUUAGGGAAGUCUGCUGCCUCCCUGGGUAAAGCCCUCAGAUCAUUGCCCAUUACUGGUUUUUCAGGAAGCCCGAGGUCAACCAAGAAAGAUUGAGGUGCCACAGUGUGUCCAGAGAAGUGCAAGGGAGCUGGUGAAGGGUCUGGAGUGUCUGAGGGAGCUGGGAUUGUUUAAUGUAGAGGAAAGGAGGCUCAGAGGAGACCUUAUCACACCACAAAUACCAGAAAAGAGGUUGUAGGAAUGUGGGGGUCGGCCUCUUCUCCUAGGCAACAAGUGAUAGAAUGAGAGGACACAGCCUCAAGCUGUGCCAGGGAGGGUUCAGAUGUAUAUCAGGAGGAAUUUCUUCAUGAAAAGGGUCGUUAAACAUUAGAAUGGACUACCCAGGGAGGUGGUGGAAUCACUAUGCCCAGAGAUAUUUAAAAGACAUGUAGAUGCGACACUUAUGGACAUUAGGGUUAGCAUGGGCUUUGCAGUGCUAGGUCAACAGUUGGAAUCAAGGAUCUUAAGGUUCUUUUCCAACCUAAAUGAUUCUAUAAUUCUUGACUGUCCAUUUCUAUUUUCUGUAGAUGUACCUGUGUUUUUAAAUGUACUUGUAUAUCCUGGGGAAAAGGUACUGACUGGAAUACUUAUUGUCAUAACUAAUGUCCUAGCACUUUAAAUAAACAUUUCAAGGUGACAACUUUUCCUAAGUGUACCUAGUGAAAGACAUCAAAAAGCACUUGUGUUUCCUUGGAAAAAAAUAUCAUUGUUCCUUUCAUGACUAAUAAAAGAUGAUGCAUAAUUACA